AUGGGUCGGCUGCGGGCGGCGGCGGCGCUCGACCACGGGCCGGUUGGCGAUACUGGUAGCAUCGCCCCAGGCUCCCCUGACACCAGUAGCAUCGUCUCCUACACCGGAGGCAUCGCCUUUGACAUCGGGAGCAUCGCCUUCGGUAGCAUCGUCUCCAACACCGGGAGCAUCGCCUCCGGUAGCAUCACCCCCGGCACCGGGAGCAUCGCCUCCGACACCGGGAGCAUCGCCUCCGGUAGCAUCACCCCCGGCACCGGGAGCAUCGACUCCGACACCGGGAGCAUCACCUCCGGUAGCAUCGCCUCCGGUAGCAUCACCCCCGGCACCGGGAGCAUCGACUCCGACACCGGGAGCAUCACCUCCGGUAGCAUCGCCUCCGACACCAGGAGCAUCGCCUCCGGUAGCAUCGCCCCCAACACCGGGAGCAUCGCCUCCGACAUUAGGAGCUUCACCUUCGACACCGGGAGCAUCGCCUCCUGUAGCAUCGCCCCCAACACCGGGAGCUUCACCUCCGGGAGCAUCGCCUCCGACACCGGGAGCAUCGCCACCGACACAGGUAGCAUCACCUCCGGUAGCAUCGCCACCGACACAGGUAGCAUCGCCUCCGACACCAGGAGCAUCGCCUCCGACACCGGGAGCAUCGCCUCCGGUAGCAUCACCCCCGACACCGGGAGCAUCGCCUCCGGUAGCAUUACCUCCAACACCGGGAGCAUCGCCUCCGACACCGGGAACAUCACCUCCGACACCGGGAGCAUCGCCCCCGGCACUAGGAGCAUCGCCUCCUGUAGCAUCGCCCCCAACACAGGUAGCAUCGCCUCCGACACCAGGAGCAUCGCCUCCUGUAGCAUCGCCCCCAACACCGGGAGCAUCGCCUCCGACACCAGGAGCUUCACCUCCGACACCGGGAGCAUCGCCUCCUGUAGCAUCGCCCCCAACACCGGGAACUUCACCUCCGGUAGCAUCGCCUCCGACACCGGGAGCAUCACCCCCGACACCGGGAGCAUCACCUCCGGUAGCAUCGCCACCGACACAGGUAGCAUCGCCUCCGACACCAGGAGCAUCGCCUCCGACACCGGGAGCAUCGCCUCCGGUAGCAUCAUCCCCGACACCGGGAGCAUCGCCUCCGGUAGCAUCACCUCCAACACCGGGAGCAUCGCCUCUGACACCGGGAGCAUCACCUCCGACACCGGGAGCAUCGCCCCCGGCACUAGGAGCAUCGCCUCCUGUAGCAUCGCCCCCAACACAGGUAGCAUCGCCUCCGACACCAGGAGCAUCGCCUCCGAUAGCAUCGCCCCCAACACCGGGAGCAUCGCCUCCGACACCGGGAGCAUCACCUCCGGUAGCAUCGCCCCCGGCAGUGGGAGCAUCGAGCAUCGCCUCCGAUAG